AUGUGGACCACCCCCUCCGGCGCACUGUGGAUCAACCCCGAUCCCUUCCGGCGUAAUGUGGACCGCCUGACCCCCUCCGGCACUGAAAAGCUCACGUCAUGGCGGACCAAUCUGCUUGUCGGACCAAGAAAUCUACUGCUGCUGCAGCUCCUCUUGACUCUCCCUGUGGCAUUAUAUAGAGCAGAAACCACCAUAAGCCAAAGCACCAUCACUGUCACUGCUCAGUUCAACAGCUCCACCCCAAACCUUAAUGCUACAACUUCAGCUGUGUCCAAAGCCAUCAACAGCACAGAGGCAGUCUCAGUUUCAGUACAAAACAGUACAAAAUCUCCUGAGAGCAAUACCAGCAAUGCUUAUUCUACGACCAGUAGCCCUACAAAAGGUACAUACAAUGCCACAGAAUCAACAAAAUCAAGUACAAUAUUUAUUCAGAACAAUACCAGCACAUACAGCACUGUGAAACCUGAAAACAGCACAUUUAACUCUACAACAGAAUCGACAAUAUACCAUACGGACAAUACCAGCCACGUGUUUCCCACAUACAGUACUUUGAGACCUGAAAACAGCACAUCCAAUUCUACAGAGUCCCAGAUAUGGAGAGACUUCACAGAAAACCCUGGACUGGUCGCUGUUAUUUGUAUAUUUGUUGCCAUUCUCUGCAUUAGUCUUGUGGUGUUCAUAGUCAAAUCGUGUCAAAAUAAUGGACCGCAAUUCAAGAGACUGGAUGAAGUGCCAAUGGAUGGAAUAAAUGAAGAAUCUCCAUUUGCCCACUACCCUCCGAAGUGAAUCUGCCUUUUGUGGACAUUGGUAGGAUUUUCCUGCUGCUGAUCAGAAGAUGUUUACAUAAAAUGUCAUUUCCCCAGGCCUUGUUUUUGUACAUGCAGCACAUAAUAACUGAGGAUAAUUUAUUACACCCUACCCACAUGUCUAUAAGAUGCAUUAUUUUUAUUUAAAAAGGAAUUUUCUUGGAGUGGGCUUGUUUCUAUUUUCUAAGGUCCAUGUGUAACAGGCUGCAAACUACAAUAAACAUAAAUGAACGUGCUGAGCUGGUACCACUUCAUCCUACUGUAGCUGAUCCACUACCUCCAUACACUUCUAGGAGUAUACUGUAUAUCAAUGCUUUAUAUGGAUGAAAUAUUUAAUUUCUAUUAGUGCUGAGAACUUGUGAAGCUGCUGAAAUUACAGUUAAAAAUAUCUGUGCACGAAUGUUUAAACCUAAGGCCGAUUGGUUGCUAUGAAUACUAGACCAAUAGAAUUUGCCACAAUUCCUCCAAGUCCCAUGAAAAAUGUCAUAUGGUUCUGUCCAGUGUCCUCUCACCUUUACCAAGGGUCUCAAUUUAUACUGCACUUAUACCUCAAGCCAAAAAUGUUGUCUUUCAAUUUUUUUUCUAUUCCAAUAAAAUAUACACUUAUUUGGCACAUUUA